AUGUUAGGAGAUGUUUAUCUAUUUUUAACUACAAGCUACCGAUCACAUUGCCUUCCGGGCUCAAAGUGCACCAUGGCACGCCACAAUAAAAUAAAAAUCGCUGCUACCUUUCUCGGAAUGGGCAUUACUUUUCGUGCAGUUUGCAUCAUGCAUUCGAUUCUUCUUCUAGCCUGCUUUGCCGUGAGCCUUAUCCUUAUCGAUCCAGGAGAAGGGCUUAUACGCGUCAUUCUGGACUUCGAUCGAUGGGAAGUUAACAAUGGAUCAGCCUUCUUCAACAUGGAAAAGUUUCGUGUGCGAAAGUUUAACCGAACGCUGUCCGUGAUGAACGGUACCGGUGUGCUGCUGGUCGAUCUUGACGAUCGCUAUUCGUAUGGAGUGCAUUUCGCACGGAGCGCUCAAGGCAACAACCAGUUCAAUGCGUACCCGAUGAAGCUGGCAGCGAAACCGUUCUGUCAGUUUGUCAACAUGUACUAUCGCGAGUAUCAGCACCUGUUUCUGAAGUACACCAACCUACCGUUCGUACCACCGGAAGGGCUGUGUCCAUUCCCGAAGGGCACAUACUGGGCGAAAGAUGCACACUUCGACUCGUCCGUUAUUCCGGUGGUAGUGCCGGAGGGGCUUUGGCGAGCCACAACUGAUCUGGUUGAUACGGUAACUGGUGAGCUGGUUGCCCGUGGUUCAAUGUACGUUCGCUUAAGCAAGGAGAUGAUGUAAAUCCAUUAAAAAGUCAAGAAAUCAUGUAUUAAGACUAAUAAAUAUGUAAAAAAUACUUCUGAAAAUUGUUAAUUUACCAAAUUGCCGACGCGACCUUGUGGAUGGAUUAACAGGACUUUACGCGCUGGGUUGUCCGGUGCCAUGCGGUGGCAUAACAUGAUCGCGGGCUGGUGAGCUUUAUACGCUGCCUGGCAGUGUAAUCAACGUAUCUGAGCAUUUUCCUUUCGAAGGUGGCUAAGAAGGUUCAGACAGGGCCUAAUUGCUUUCUCAAGCUAUAGAAUGACCGGUUGGUAGCCAGCAUCCUUGCGUGCCACUCAAAAACUAAUACUACCUUAUCAGUAUUGCUAUUUAUUGUAGUGUUAAUGUAAACAAUUA